AUGGCGGCGAGGAAACUUCAGCAAGAAGUGGACAAGUGCUUCAAGAAGGUGGCCGAAGGCGUCGCCGAGUUCGAGGGCAUCUACGAGAAGAUUGAGCAAUCAAAUAACCCGGCCCAGAAGGAGAAGCUCGAAGACAACCUCAAGCGCGAGAUCAAGAAGCUGCAGCGGCUGCGCGACCAGAUCAAGACUUGGGCGGCAAGCAAUGACAUCAAGGACAAGGCACCUUUGCUGGAGCAGCGAAAGCUGAUAGAGACGCAAAUGGAAAAGUUCAAGGCGGUGGAGAAGGCGAUGAAGACGAAAGCGUACUCGAAAGAAGGCCUAUCGGCGGCGGCGAGGCUCGAUCCCAAGGAGCAAGCCAAGCUCGAGGCCGGCGAGUUCCUGAGCAGCAUGGUCGACGAGCUCGAGCAGCAAAUCGAGGCGCUCGAGGCCGAGAGCGAGACGAUACAGGCGACGAUGAAGAAGGGCAAGAACCAGGGCACAAAGGCCGAGCGCAUGGCCGAGAUCGAUCGGAUAAUCGAGCAGCACAAGUGGCACCAGGGCAAGCUCGAGCUGAUCCGCCGCUCGCUCGAGAACGGAGGCGUCGAGACGGAACAGGUCAACGAUCUCGAGGAGGUCAUCCGCUACUACGUCUCCGACGGCAUGAACGAGGACUACAUGGAGGACGAGGAAAUGUACAACGACCUGGCCCUCGAGGACGACGAGGGCACCUUCGGCAUGGGGCAGGGCGACGAGAAGAACUCGUCGCAAGAUACCCAAUCCGUCCAGGACGAGCCGCCGGCGGAGCCCGAGCCUCCAGCGAAGCCGGCGCCGAGGAAAGUGGCCAAGGACGCGGAUGGUGCCGCCAAUCGCAAGACAUCAAGCCAAGCCAAGUCGCCGCUACCGGCGCUGGCCACGUUACACGCCCCUCUGCCGACGACGAACAACGGGAGCACAGGCGGGCCUGCGAUGAAGCCGGCGUCGGUGCCGACCCGUCCCGCGGGCGAGGGCCUCAAGUACGCUUCGGCCGCCGCCGCAGCGGCCGCUGCCGACAAGACCAACGUCGGCAUCGCCCCCUUGCCACCACCGCCCGGCGCCGCCGCCGUAGCCCUGUCGCCGUUGAUCUCGCACUCCAAGACGAGCGCAACAAGCUCUCCCGCCAGCACCUCGGUUCAGCCCGUGCCGUCGCAGCAGGCGGAGCCCCGGCAGCUCGGCGUACCCGCCGCGGCGCCGACGACCCGCGAGAACGACGCUCCCAGCUCACGGGCCUCUCGCAAGUCCAAGGCUGCCGGCAAGCAAGCGGCGGAACCGCCAGGAAGCACAAACGGUACGUGCGCUCGCUCAUCGUCCCGGGCACCCCGCUCACGCUCACGCGUCACUCCAGCACCCCGACCGAACGGCGCGGCAAACGGCACGUCGAACGGCGUCAAGUCUGCCAUGGAGGACCGGACGGAACAAGAGUCCGUCUACCACCUGCCUACUUCCCUGCGAGAUCUGGUCGACACGUACGAGACGGCGCGGAAACGGCCGGCGUCCCCGCUGGCGCCCUCGACGAUCCGCAUGAUGUCGCUGAGCCAGCAAAGUUGCCCCGAGGCCUACGACUCCGACGUGCCGCGAACGUACCGACCCGACAUGCCCGCACGGCCCACCGGCUCCUGCUUCCCCGUCGACCCGCUGCCCAUCUUCGACGACCCCCGGCUCUACUCUCGCAUCGAUCCAGACACCCUCUUCUACGUCUUCUACUACAAGCAAGGAACCGCCCAGCAGUACUUGGCGGCCAAGGCGCUGAAAGACCAGAGCUGGCGGUUCCACAAGCAAUACCAGACCUGGUUCCAACGCCACGAGGAACCCAAGAACAUUACGGAAGAGUUUGAACAGGGCACCUAUCGCUUCUUUGACUACGAAUCCACCUGGAUGAACCGACGGAAAGCAGACUUCAAGUUUGCGUACAAGUUUCUUGAGGACGACAUCUGA